ACGUUCAGAUUUACAUAUAUGGAUCAACUUAGCAAUAUGUUUUAUGUUUUAUUAUAUUUUAAACAUUAAUAUAGAAUAAUUUUUUUAUUUAUUUUUUUUUUCAAAACAUUUAGUUGGAGUAUUAUAAAAUAAACAAUUCAGUUGCUUUUGUUAAGUUGUUGGAAUCAUCACUCAGUAGUUCAAAUUUGAAAUAUAAAGACAGUAAUAAAGACCAAAUGAGAGCUUUAGAUAUGUUAGCAGCAUAUUAUGUACAAACAGCUAAACGAGAAAAGAAUAAAGAUGAACGUAUCAAACUCAUUUCUAGGGCAACUCAACUAUAUAAAACAGGAGAUAAAAUAAUAAUUCAUGAUGUGAAUCAUUUAUUGGGUCGUGGUUUUUUCUAUUUACUGGAUAGUAAUAAAAUCGAUCAGGCCAAUACACAGUUCAAUUCUGUAUUGAACCAAUCACUGAAUAAUAUACCAGCUCAACUAGGCAAAGCAUAUAUUGCAUUUAAUAGGAAGGAUUACAGAGGGUCCCUAACAUAUUUUAAAAAAGUAUUACGCUCUAAUCCAAAUUUUCCUACUGAUGUAAGAUUAGGUUUGGCACAUUGUUUCUUAAAGCUGGGAAACAUAGAAAAAGCACGUUUAUCGUUUGAACGUACUUUAGAGUUGGACUCUAAAUGUGUGGAUGCAUUAGUGAGUCUAGGUAUCAUGAAGUUGAAUAGUGAAUGUCUUAGUGACAUAGAACUUGGUGUAAAUUUGCUGUCUGAAGCUUAUAAGAUUGAUCCAACAAAUCCAUUGGUGUUAAAUCAUUUAUCUAAUCAUUUUUUCUCUAAAAAAAAUUACAAAACAUCUCAAACACUUGCCUAUCAUGCAUUACAAAACACAGAAAAUGAAACUAUAAAAGCUAAGAGUUGUUAUAAUAUAGCUAAAUGUUUUCAUGCAGAGAAUGAUUAUGAACGAGCAUUUCAAUACUAUUAUCAAGCCACACAGUUUGCAUCUAUAAAAUUUGUUCUUCCAUAUUUUGGUCUAGGUCAAAUGUAUACUAAUAGAGGUGACAUAGAAAAUGCUGCUCAGUGUUUUGAAAAAGUUCUUAAAACUGUACCGAAUAGUUAUGAAUCUAUGAAAAUCCUUGGAUUGUUAUAUGCUGAUUCAAAAAAUCAACAGAAAAGAGAUAUUGUUAAAAUUUAUUUAAAAAAAGUAUGUGAUAAAAUAGUUAUUUUAUUAUUUUGUUGGAAUCAUCACUCAGUAGUUCAAAUUUGA